AUGAAGGGCUCUCGAGCAUUUUGUUGCCUACAUUCUGCUCGACAAGUAAGCACCUCAUCACUGUCAAAAGAUUAUUAUCAAAUUUUGGGUGUAGAGCGGGAUGCAACUCAACGUCAGAUAAAGCAAGCCUACUACCAGUUGUCGAAAAAGUACCAUCCAGAUGUCGCUGGGCGUAAUGCAGGUACGGAAUCGAAGUUCAUAGCAAUAACGGAAGCGUAUGAAUGCCUCAAGGAUCCUGAAAGAAGAAGGAUUUAUGAUGGUGCGACGGUUGGGCGCGGAGGCCGAUACAUCUAUAAUGACGAGUCUUUCAAUUUAAAGCAGGAUUUUGGACAAGGUAGAAGAAACCCUUUCUACAGCAAACACUACACACAACAAGAGUACGAGCGGAUAUGGGAACAAUUCAAAAAGAUGCAGACUGAAAGGGAUUCAUAUGAUGCAAAGAUAAAAGAAAAAUUAUGGGAACAGUUCGCCAGAGAUCGCGCAACUCGUUGGCAACGAUUUCAUUCAAGAUAUCCCUAUGGAGCACCGAAGUCUUUUCACUACGAAUGGAAGUGGACCUUAUCAAAUCCGACUGGAAAUCGCAAUGUUAUCCUGCUCAUCCGCCUCGCUACGAUUUAUGCGAUAUGUUUUGCAGUGGUUGUGGUGUUUCAGGUGAUAUCCGAAUCCCUGCUUAAUGUGAAGCCAUUACCAAGUGGAAUUGAAGACAUGAAAAGAAAGGUGACGUCUAGCCAGUGCAAACAAAACACAACUUUUGAAUACAUGAGCCAACAACCUUUCGCCCUUCACAAGGACAACUGGAAUAACCUCAUCGCCGACUCUUCGUCCGAUUCCGAAGCUCCACGUUCAUCGAUGACUACAAGCAGAUGA